AUGUCCCUCCUAGCAUUCCAAUCGCUCUCUGCAGACGAGAAAAUAGAGCAGAUCGACUCGAUCAAGCUCGCCGUGCUGGGCAACGACAGAGAGAAGGCCAAGCUGCACGACAGCUUCGGCGUUCUGGGCGAGAUCCUGCUGACCGAGUCGAACAAGACGCUUCUGCAAAACACAGCAAUCAUCGUCCAGUCGUUCAGCUACCUGCGCACCAACGUCGAGUUCCUGCUGCGGUUCGACAUCUUCGAGGUGCUCGUGAAAAGCACGAUCCGCUACCCGGCCGUGUUGGCAGAAAUCAACUUCCGCACGCUUAUCGACCUGCUCUCCACAAAUUCGCUGUCGGAAAAAUACCACGACGAGCAGGAGUACGCGCAGUUUGUCGGCGUCCUUGCAGGCAUUCUGCGCGACCCGGCCGCUGCUCAAGCGGUUUCCCGAGUGCGUCGAGCUGCCGCACACGCUGCCGGAACACGCGUUCGAGGCGCUGUCGAACGACCUGAGUCCGCCGCUGUAUGCUCUCGCACACCUUUUGGCCGUGGUCGACCGCGCCGACCUGAGCCUGCCGCUGCCGCUGUAUUUUGUGCUCACGGCGUUCCUCGGCUCGUACGACCUCAACGUCAAGCUCAGCAGCGUCAACGUGCUGGUGCAGUACACCAAAAAGCAUGUGCGCAACCCGAAGGAGAAAACGGCGAGCCACGCGCGGCUGAUCGACGCGCUCGUCCAUCUUAUCAGCCGCACCAAGGACUCGCACGGCCCGGAGUACACGCUGAGCUCGAACUACAAGAUCCCGCGCACAAUGUCGCCGCUGUACCUGCUGUCGCAGAUCGCCGAGGAGGACCCGGGCAACAGCGACUCGCUGGUGGAGGUGAACUUUGUCGACACGAUCGCGUCGAUCGUCACGGCAAACUACAGCUCCGACCGCACGUUUCUGGACGAAGACACCCUGUACAAGAUCUCGGACUCGCUGCUGAUUCUGAGCUGCAUCGCCGGGCUGCGCGAGGACUACCGCGAGCUGGUGAUCCGGUACGACGUGGCGCCCGUGAUUGUGGACUCGAUCACGCGGCACGCGAAGAUCUACCGCGAGCUGGACGGCCGCACGCCCUCGCCCGGGGACGUGGGCGUGCUCAAGCUGUCGAACCGCAUCACGCUGUCGAGCUGCUACCUGCUGCGGUCGCUGUCGCGGUCGGCCAGUCUGCUGCGCACGUACCUGGUGGAGCUGAGGCUGGUGCGCAAGCUGGUGGACCUGCUACACAUCCCCGACGACAUCAUCGAGAACUGUCCGGACGAGCUGCGGCUGGACGAGAUCCGGCUCAAGUCGGUGGUGCUGGGCAUCGUGUCGAACUCGAUCGUGGAGUUCUCUGCCGUCAAGCACGAGCUCGCGUCCGACGAGCUCGCGCUGCUGCUGCACCGGUUCAUCUACGAGUCGCGCUACGACUCCCUGCGCAUGAACUCGCUCUGGGUGAUCAAGAACUCGCUGUUUGGCGGCAACCGCGAGUCGAAGGAGAACUUCCAGACGACGGUCAGUCUGGACAAGAUCUUCGAGCUGUGCGGCGACGCGAACGAGCGGAUCCAGGAGCACUCGUUCGACAUUCUGCGGAACCUGGCCGUGGGCCAUUUCAACUACGCUAA